AUGGCACGUUUCUAUUACGAGUGCAGCGCGGAUCUAUGGAACGGCACGGGGGAUAGUGAAACGAUAAAACCGUACGCGUGCACACCGGACAAGUAUUGUUUGUACUGCUGUUGCAAUUCCCAGUGUUGUCUUCUGGUACAAAGACGGCCGCCGCGACAUAUCUGGGAAGCCUGGUACUUUUGGCUGGGCGUUGCUUUACUCGCUGUAUUUAUCGUAUCUUCGGUGAGCAGCUACAUAGUCAGUAAUUGCAGACAUAAUAUUCAAGGUGUUCCAUUAAGACACAACACGCACGCCGUCCGACGAAACGACCGCGCCAGGCCUCCAGGAAGUAAUCAGAACGAGAUACUAAUAAGUAUAAUUCCAACGUCGGAAUUUUUCCCGUCGCAUAGAAAAAUGUUCGUAAUCGCCUCUCAGCCGGGCGUCAGUCACCUGAGUGAGUAA